CCAUGGGCAGCGCAUCUCAGCGGCCCGCCCCACCCCGCCCAGUCGCCCCCCUUCUCGAGUAUCCACGACAGGCCCAGCAGGUACUUGGGCAGAUUGGCCGGCGACACAUCUGCCGCAUUCUCCAUGCGCACGACGUCCGUGAGGCCUCGCGUGCUGAUGAAGGUCUCGAUCCGGUUGGUCAGGAAGUUGGUGUUGACGAUCGCGCGGAAGGCUCUGCACACGAGCCGGACGCGGCACAUGUCGGUGCCGAAGGGCAUGUAGUUGGCUACGUUGCUGAUGCAGUCGUGUGGCAGGUCGCCGAGGGACCGCAUGGAGGUGAAGCCCGUGAAGGGUGGAGGUGGUGUGGACUCCUUGUACCAGAACCCAGAACUCACCUAAUGAGACCAGCACACACGCAAUAUGGAUGCCAAAUGGACCAAACGUGCCUCCCCCCUGUUUGCCUACGGCGUAUGGCGGGAGGUUCGUGAACGGCGUGUAGACGUUGGGCACAUCCACGACGAACACCUCGGUGCUGCCGAUGGCCCUCAU